GUUAUCCGCUCGGGGCGCCGCUGCCACCGCCGCCUCACGAGCACAGGCGCCUCAGCCCCGGUCCGCGCCCCGCCCGCCCACCGGGCCUCCGCCCAGCCUUCGCCCGCCGCCAGCCGCCCGCCGCCAGUCGCGCAUGGGGCGUGCCCCCGGGUCCGCGGCCGACGGCCGCUGAGCGCCGGCCGCCCCGCCGAUGCGCGCGGCCUCCCGCGCCGAGGCGCCCAGGCCGCGCCGGGCCCGGGGCUGAGGCCACCCGCGCGGCAUGUCUGGCCCGGCCCGCUGCCCGCCGCCGCCCACGGCCGGAGUCGGCGCGGUCCGCACCGAGCCCGGCGGUGCCGCGUAGCGCAGCGGCAGCGGAGCGGGAGCCCGACGGCGCGGCCGCAAGGUCACCGCGCGCCAUGGAGGCCAAGGUCCGCCAGAGCCGGCGCUCGCGCGCGCAGCGGGACCGCGGCCGGCGCCGGGAGGCGGCCCGCGACGCCCGCGACCAGAGCGCGUCGUCGGGGGACGAACCCGAGCCCGGGCCCGGCAAGGAGAACACGGGCCUGCCCCGCGCGCCCCCGCCCCGCGCCGCCGCCGCGCGCCCCCCGCGCCGCCGCCGCCGCGAGUCCAGCUCGCAGGAGGAAGAGGUCAUCGAUGGCUUCGCCAUCGCCAGCUUCAGCACGCUGGAGGCCUUGGAGAAGGACAUGGCCCUGAAGCCACAUGAGCGGAAGGAGAAGUGGGAACGUCGCCUUGUCAAGAAGCCCCGUGAAUCAGAAAACUGCCCGACUGCAGAGCCUGGUGAGAACGGGCGGCCCCUGGAGGCAGGCAGCUCCGAGCAGGACCUGGAGCCCACCUGCGACCGAGGGGAGAAGAAGGCCCCGCUGCAGCCCACCAAGCAGAUGAAGGUCACAGUGUCCAGAGGGGGCGACCACAACAGUGACGGCGACAGCGUCCGAGAAGCCACCAGCUCCCGGAGGAGCAGUUCUCGGGACCAGCUCAGUGACAGCUCGGCGCAGGCGGUCUCAGGCAGAGGUUACUCCUGCGACAGCGAGAGCGACGGGGAUGACAAGGCGUCUGUGGGCUCCGAGAAGCUCUUUGCCCCGGCAGCCGAUAAAGGACCCACGCUGGGCGAGAAGUCCGAGGCCAAGGCCGGGGCGGAGCCCAAAGUCUCGGGCCUGGAGCGCAGCCGCGAGCUGAGCACCGAGCCGCCCUUCCUGCCCCCUGUGCGCAGCCCCGCGCCGGUCCUGCCCUCCGCCGGCCCCGCGCCCGGCGCCCCGUCCAGCCCACCCGUCAAGAAGGAAGCCCCGGGCCUGCCCCGCCUCACGCCACAGCCGCCGCCCGCGCCCUUGCAGACCCGGGCCUCCCUCCCGACGCACGUGCCUCUCCCCCCGGGCGCCUUCCCGGGCCCCGGCGCGGCAGCGCACAACGGCCUGCACAGCCUCAGCAGGAGCAGCAGCGCCAGCAGCGGCGCCAGCCUGGGGCUCGCGAAGCACGCGUCCCUGUCGCCUCACGGGCCGGGCCCCCACCUCUCUACCUCACACUUGGCGCUCCGCUCGCAGGCCCAGCACCAGCACCACGCGGCGGCCAUGUUCGCCGCGCCCCCGACACUGCCCCCGCCCCCGGCGCUGCCGGCCAACAGCCUGGUCAUCCCAGGACACCCCGCCGAUGCCAGCCUGUUGAUCUCAUUCAGCCAGCCAAUCAUGUAUUGCCAGCCUCAUUCGGGGAUUCUGAUUGGUACUUGGUCACAGGCACCUCUCUUACCUCCACCCUGGGGCCCGCACGUAGCGAGCGGCCACCACGGCUUGGCCUGCCGAAACCGGGAGUGCCAGCAGGUGACUAUCCGCCUCGCCCCGCCGGGAGCCCGCGGCCGACGUGCCUCUCUGUCUCUCUGUUUUUCUCUUGUAGAUCACGAGCUGCUCAGGCAAGAGCUGAACGCGCGUUUUCUGGUCCAGAGCGCCCCCCUGGGCCCGGGAGCUCUGCUGCGGGCGGAGUUCCACCAGCACCAACACACACACCAGCACACACACCAGCACCAACACACAUUCGCCCCCUUCCCUGCCGGGCCGCCCCCGACGCCGCUCCUGCCGCCUGCCGCACCCCCGCCGUUUGACAAGUACACGCCCAAGCUGGACAGUCCCUACUUCCGACAUUCCAACUUUUUCCCGCCCUUCCCUCCAGCCGUCCCAGGACUGCCCGCCCUGCUCCCACACCCAGGUCCCUUUGGAUCCCUGCAGGGUGCUUUUCAGCCCAAGACUUCAAACCCACUCGAGCUAACAGGCCAGGCCAGUGCUGUUAACACCCUCCUACAGAAAGCCCCCGGGGUGUCAGACCCAUACCGGACAGCAGUCAGGAAGCCCGGGAAGUGGUGUGCUGUGCACGUGCAGAUCGCCUGGCAGAUCUACCACCAUCAGCAGAAGAUAAAGAUGCAGCUGGGCCCUCACAAACUGGACACGGGCGCCAAGCUGGACUUGUUCAGCAGACCCCCUGCCCCGGGCGUGUUCACCGGAUUCCACUACCCGCAGGACCUGGCCCGGCCCCUCCUCUCCAGCUCAGGUGCUGCCCAUCCCACCACCAACCUGUUCGGACCCUCAGCGCAUCCUGGCAGCUUCCUGCCCACUGGUCACUUGACGGACCCUUUCAGCAGAUCAAGCACCUUCGGGGGCCUGGGGAGCCUGGGCAGCAACGCCUUCGGAGGCUUGGGCAGCCACGCGCUGACAACCCGGCCUCACGCUCCCACCGCCACCCACCCCCCAGCUCCCGGUGGCAGCCUCUUUGCCCCCAAGGAGGGCCCCACGCUGCACGGCCUGCCCAGCCCCCGCGAGGCCUGGAACCGGCUGCACCGGGCGCCGCCCUCGUUUCCCACGCCACCCCCGUGGCCUAAGCCUGUAGACGCCGAGCAGGUCUCAGCCCUGACCAACCACGACCGAGAGCUGGACAAGAGCAGGGAGGAGCGGGACCUCCUGGAGAAGACGCGCCUGCUGAGCCGGACCUCGCCCGUGGCCGCCGUGGGCCACCUGGGCAGUGGCCUCCUGCUCCGCGGCCAGGGCGAGCCGGGCCGGCCCGGGGUGCCUGCCGAGCGCGAGGCCGAGCCCCGCGUCAAGGAGAGCCGCUCCCCACCCCGGGAGGACAGCGCCAAGCCCAGCAAGGCGGCCCUGGGGGACGGCCUGCGCCUGGCGGGCCUCCUGGGCCGUGAGCCGGCGAAGCCGCUCGAGGCGGCGGCCGAGCGGCCCCAGAGCGACGUGAAGGUCAAGGAGGAGCGCGGGGAGGACGGCGACGCGCCCCCGCAGCCCGGCCCGGGCCUCGCGGGACGCGAGCGCCCAGCUUUCGCCUGGGAGCCGCCGCGGGAGGCCUACCGCGGCCCCGAGCCGCCCCGCCGCGCCCCGCUCGCCCCGGGCCCCGCCGCCCUCCUCGAGCCGCCCGAGCGCCCCUACCGCGACCGCGAGCCGCACGACUACAGCCCCGAGCGCUUGAGGGAAGCGCGCCGCGACGAGCUGGAGCGCGCCCGGGCCGCGCACCUGGACGGCGCGGCGCUGCUGCCCAACCUGGGCGCCCUGCACUACCCGCGCCUCGCGCCGGCCGCCGCCGCGCUGCACAACGGGCUCCUGGCGCGGACCCCGCCGGCCGCCGCCGCCUCGCUCGGCGCGCCGCCCCCGCUGGUGGCCGCGGCCGGGCCCCCCACGCCCCCGGGGCCGCCGCGGAGCAGGACUACGCCGCUCGGGGCCCGCGCGCCCGGCGAGGCCCGCGACUACUCCCCGUCGCGCAACCCCCAGGAGGUAGAGGCGCGGUAGUGGCCGCGGGGCCGCGCUUGCCGCGCCUGCGAAGGUUCCUCCACGAACGAACGCACUGCUGUCGACUAACCUAAACGUCUGUUUCUAGAACUUAAGCACAGUUCCAUCGGUCCUGGGGCGAUGCUCGCUCUUCCACUCGCAGCCUGCGGAGUUGGGGGUGUCAUACACAGCUCUUCUGGGGGUGGUCUUUUGUUUUCCGAGCUUGAGAUGAGGCUACUGGAAAAAAAAUUCAAGUUUGUACCUUUUUUCCCACAGGUGAGAAGCGUUUUUAAUAGAUUUGUAUUUUUUUCAACUUUGUGCUCUUUAGACAUUUAAAUGAAACAAAAAAGACUUGCUUUUUAACUUUUAGUUUGCUUUUGCGAUUUAAUGGCCUCAGAGCCCCAGGGGUUUUUUUUGUCUUAUUUAUGGAGAAGAAAACGGUCAUUUUGUCCAGCGCACUGUGAGGUCCCCACUCAGGCCCGGCCCUGGCCCUCCCUUGGUACUUGGAACCGAAGUUACAGAUAUAUAUUAAGAUAAUUAAUAAUGUACAAAACUUUAUUUGCCUUAUUAUGCAGAAGUGUAGAAGGGUUUCUUUUUCGGUUUGUUUUUUUAAAAAAAACACAGUGUAAAUAGUCUGUUAAUAUAAAUAUAUGAUGUUAUUAAAUUCUUAAUUUAGGUAGACUUUAUAAAAACGGUUUCUAGAAACUCCUCUGGUUAUCUGUUUAACGUGGUCACAAAAACCCACCCGCUGUCAGUUGGAAAUGCCCUCAGACGUUUAACUGCAGCACCGUCCUUCAACUAUGCAAGCGCUCAGGGCGGCCGGGCCGCCGGGGGGACCACGGAGCGGCCCUGGGACGUGUGUGCACCUUGUGCUGACUGUGCAGUGUCCUCGGGAUCCACCCCAGACAAGUAGGGUUUGGGAGGUGAAAAGGCUAAAGGCACAAAAGAAAUAACUUCUCUUCUCACGGAGGACAUCAGCAGACGUUUGUCUCAUGUUUUCCCACCGGCCAAGGCCUUGGCAUGAUUUCCUUUUGGUUUCAGUCUUACUUUCAUAACCCCGUGAAUGUCACCAUGCCUUGUCGUCAGCGUACCUUGUUUCCUGGCAUCCACACCUGUGUCCUCGGCGUUUGAGCCUUGGUUCGGCCAUCUGUAGCUGUUUGCUUUCUUCGGUUCUGUAUCUUCAACCCUGUGUUUCCACUGUAGACUCCGGUUAUUUUAAACAUUCUGUUCUCACAUCAACCAAUGAAGGUAAAUACAGCCUUGAUUUUGGAUGGA